GUUAAAAGUAUGUUCAUAAAUAGUAAAAUAUUUUUUUUUGUUGCUUUAGUUCAUUUAUCAAAAUGAUAAAUAACCAAAAAAAUUAUUGAUUUUAAAAAGCACAAAUAUUGAUUAAUCAAAAUUGUGACUAUCAUUAUCAAUAAUAUAUAUAUAUAUUAUACACUUAUAUAAAAUAAGUAAUAUAAUCAAUAUAAGAAUGAAAUUAUGAAUUAUAUAUGGUUAAUAUGGUGUAUUCUAACAUGGAUAACAGCUAUAUUAUGUACCAUUGGUUGUUUAUUACCAUAUUGGUUAGAUGGUAAAAUUUUUUCCAAUUAUGAAAUCACUACUCAUGAACAAAAUCUAAUAAAACAUACUACUACUAUUACUACUACUUAUAAUACAGAUAUAUCAAGUACAUUAAAUUUAUUUCGUCGUUGUAUUUAUCCAGUAUAUACAAAUGUAAUUACAGAUAUUUUAUCAGAAAAUCCAUUGAAAGCAAAAUUAUUUUUUAAUCAACCAAUUCAUUAUAGAUUAAAUAUAAAACAACAUUAUUUAGAAUCAUCUCUUAUUCAUAUACAAACUAAUUGUGGUUAUUAUCAAUUUUUUGAUAUACCUCAUAUAGCAUGGAGAUUUAGUUUAAUCUUAUUAAUUAUAAGUUGUUGUAGUUUAUUUUUUUUAGCAUUUCUAUUAUCAUUUACUGGGUGUUAUAUAAAUUUUCUAUGGAGAUUAAAUAUACAUCGUAUAUGUCAAUUAGGAUUAUUAUUAACUGGUCUCUUAAUCCUAUUAUGUUGCAUCCUGUUUCCUAUUGGAUGGUCUGACAAUGAUGAAAUUAUUCAAAUAUGUGGUGAAAGGCGUUCACGAUUCGAUCUAGGUCACUGUCAACUUGGAUGGGCCUAUGUCGUAACAAUAAUGAGCGGUUUAUUAUCAAUCUUUAGUUCUGUCUUUCCAAAUCUAUGCUUUCCAAAGAUACUAUUUGAAAUCAAACAAAAUAACAAAUCUCAGCGUAUUAAAUCUAAUGAAAAACAAACAGAUGAUGGAUUAAUACCACAUUUUUUAUCACAUGACUUGUCAAUGACGCCAACAAUUUUAGCACCAGCCACACCAGGUGGACCACCAUCAAUUGAAACUGUAUCAACUAGUUUACGUACGUCUGAUCCACGUAUUCAUCAUGUUGGUUUCGAAUCACCAUGGUUAAAAACUUGGGCUUGCUUAAAUACACCCACUCAACAUCAAUCACAUGGGCCAGUGGUACUAAUACACCCAGAUUAUAAUUUAUCUUCAUAUUCAGGUGGUUGUUAUAAUGGAGAUAAUCAAUUAGGCUAUAGUCAAGGAAGUUUAGAUGACACUUCAUCAGUCGGGACAGAGAAGAAAUCUGCUAUUGUUAAUUCAAUGAAACCGGAUGUCUCCAAAAAUUUAACGCAAAACAUGGAAAACAAUAAAAGUAACAAUUAGAUGGGUGAUAUGGAACAAGUUCACAAUAUCUUAAAUGAUCUUUCACAUUAUGUAUUAAUUCAUAAUACAUGAACUAUUUGCACAGUUCUUACCUAAGUCAAAGAAAAUGUUUCACAUACACUGACUUUAUCUUUUGCAUAUAUAUAUAUAUAUUUAAUUGACGAAAUGUAUAAUUAAAUGUAUCUCUCAAGAAUUCUUCAUUGAGCAUUCGGCUUUCUUUUAAAAUACAUAUAUGAAGUGGACUACUUAUAUGCUAUAUAAGUAGUUAAACAAAAUAUAAAGUUAAAAUUCUAUGGACAUUCAUGUAUAGUAAGUACAAUAGAAUAGAAACGUGGGUACAUAAUUAGUUAUUCAUUAUUUCGUAAUGAAAGGAAGAAGUAGGUGGUUAUAAAAUUUCAUGACUGACCAUUGAUAAUUCUUAAUGUUGGAAACUGUAUGAGUUUAUAAGAGGACAAUCACUUUUGCUUACAAGUAUACUUAAUGUAUCAGUCAAAUAACUUUCCUAAAUGCAUAGUUCACUAACCUUCAAUAAGGUUAGUGAAAACUUUAUAUGUUAAGUCAAACACUUAACUUUGUUUACGUCAAUUCUGACCUCUUGUUUUUUGUUUACUUAUUAAAGCAUAACCUACUAGAGAAGUCAUUUCACAGACUGAUGCAUUUAGUUUUUUUUUAGAGUAAAAGUUUAGAAUAGAAGAUUGAGAAACAUUCCCUAAGUUAGUAGGUGUCAUUACCAAGGUUUGAUUUGAUAAUUUCGAAUAAAUUGAGCAUUGGGUUGAUUGUUAUAAAUAAAAAUAAUAUAUUUGUAAUAUCCCAAUGAGUAGAAAAUUGGAUUUUCUGACGUUUCGUGGCUUAGUGUAAGUCACUUCUUCAGAGAAUAAAUAACCAAAUUAAAAUUAAUCCAAGUUUAAAUAGUACACCGGAACAAUGCAAGAAUAAUAUUUGAUCAAUCAAAAAACAGGUCUGAACAAGUUGAUGUCAUGUCAUUUCUGUCAAGGUGAUUCAUAAGUGAUAGGUAUGUAAAUUUGUGUGUAUGUAUGUGUGCAUUGUUUAAGAAUGAACACUUGUGUGACUGAUCCAUCUUCUAUUAAUCAGGGUUGUUAGAUGAAUUAAGAUGGUAGAAUAUUCUUAUGUAAAUUCUAUAUAGACUCUAAUAGUUUUACUACUGAACUCGUUUUUGUUUGAACUUUUGAAACAAUUUAUUUUCUGAUUUACGUAGACUCGAAUAAAGUAUCGUGGUUAAGAAACACUAGAUAGUAGAAUAACACAACAACAAAGCGCCUGGCGCGAGACCGAUAGGUCCUGGGUUCGAAUCUCGCGGAGAGCGGGAUCGUGGAUGCGCACUGAUGAGGAGUUCCAUACUAGGACGAAACGGCCGUUCAGUGCUUCCAGGUUUCCAACGGUGGUCUAACAUCAAUUGAUUCAUGAUCU